CGGCAUUUUCGGCUCAAAUACAAACAUGUCAAGCAAUUUAUUUCUAAUCUUUUAAUGGUAAAGAAUGGCUUAGUGAAAGUAAAGUAUUUAUCAGUAUUUCACCAAGUUUAGGUGUCUUAUAGUUGCAGCAAGAUUAUUGAACAAUGGAAGCCACAGAUAUUGCCCUUUUAGAAGGGUCCAAAACCUCUCACGGCGAAGUGGCCAAUAUUUUGUCGAAAUUUCAGGAAAGGAAUUCAAACUCAUUUACCUUUCCCGAACUGGAUCAAAACAAUGGAAGAUUGCGCUUGUGGAAAUGUCUCAUGAGAUUUUUAAGUGCACCACUGCCAGAAUACCUUACCAAAGACAUACUUGUAUCUCUUCGCAUUUUAAGUCGAGAUAAGCAAGACAUAAAUGAUAUUGUCAAUGUCCAAUAUGUGGACUUGUUAUUGAAACAUGCUGGGAUUGUGAGCCAAGAAGAAGCAAUCAAACGUAUCAAUGAGAAUGAAAACUUUGAAGUUAUCCUGGAGGCACUGAAGUGUCUAAGCAAUAUUGUAUUUAACUCUCCUAAAGCCCAAAGAAUGUGUGGCACAAAUAACACCAUGGAGGGAAUUCUAUUCCGCUUGCGCACCUAUCGUGAUAGAACUAUACCUGACGAAUUGAAGUACUUUGAUAUGAAAAUGCUCUUUCUUAUCACUGCAUUGCACAGUGAUAGCAGAUCCCUACUCAAGGAUGAACUUCAUGGAAUGACAUAUCUAAUGGAGCUAGUUGACUAUGAAAUGAAACAAGCAUUAGGGGAUAGUGAAUCCCAUGGAGCUGUGGGGGGUGUGGCUUCUUCCUUAAAAUUAUCUAAUCAGCAGGGUCUGCUUCUCUGUGAGGUUUUAAAAGUGCUCUUUAACAUAUGCUGCAAGGACAAAGGUCUCCACCUUGAUGAAGAAGCUGAGGCUCAUGGUCAAAGACUAGUAUGUAUUUUGCGAGAUCUCUUACUAGCAACUACAAGCUCUCCAGAGAAACAAUUGGACCUACAAAACCACACGGUGAAUAUGCUCACUGCAGUUCCAGCCCCCUGUCUUUCAGUUCUUGUUACUCCACAUCCUGAGAAAGACAAUGUUGAAAAUCUAAUUGAGUAUGAGGGCAGUAAUAUGGAAGCAAUAGUUGUACUUUUACAUAUUCUGCAGAGUAAAUUAGAUGUGGCUGAAGCUGCAGAGACUCAGAUUCAGACAGAAGCUCUUGCUCCUGUCUUGACUGUGUUAGUGGAGUGUGCUCGCAAUCACCGUAUUCUCCGCAAAUUCCUACGUCUUCAAAUUCUUCCUCCCCUGAAAGAAACUCACCGUCGUCCAGAGGAAGGGAAUUCCCUCCGUAACAGGCUCUGUAGGUUUUUGACAUCUCCAAAUGCACACAUCAAGAAUUUGGUUGCUGAAUUACUGUUUAUCUUGUGCAAGGAAAAUGUGGGGCGUAUGAUCAAGUACACUGGUUAUGGUAAUGCUGCAGGCCUCUUGGCUAACAGAGGCCUCUUAGCUGGAAGACGUGAGGAUGAUGAGGGCCCUAAUUAUUCUUCAGAGAGUGAAGAUAGUGACACUGAAGAAUACAAAAAAUACCGCCAUGAAAUGAAUCCUGUUACCGGAUGUUGGGAGCCGCCACGUACAAAUCCAAUGGAAGGCAUGUCUGAGGAACAGAAGGAAUACGAGGCUGUUCAACUGGCUAACUUAAUGGCAAAGCUUUCAAGUGAAGGGCUGGUGCAGCCAUGCAGAAUAGGAGAGGAUGGACGACCAGAGCCUGUUGAUCAUAUUUUGCAAUUGCAAGAUGAGCUUCCAAGGCAACAAGUCAGACCACCACAAUCUGCAGAAGAUGAUAGUUAAUCUAGUCAAUAUUUAUAGGACAUUCCAUUUUGUUCUUUGCAUUCAUGUUUUAAAUGUGAUACUAUAAGUGGUAAUUAUAUGUCAUAUAUCACUUGUUUUAAGAUCUGGCUUUAAUGUCUUUCGUGUGGAUCUUUCCAAAUUGCAAUUUGAUAGAUUGCAAUUUUUUUAAUCAGUUGUACAUAGAUACCUUGCAAGACAUUCAUCUUUCAUUUUAUGUUUGAUGUAUGAAUUUUCUAUCAUCCUCUCCAUUUUAUAUGACUGUGCCAUAACAAUUGUGUCAAGAAUAUUAACAAAACACCUUGUUUUGUCAAAAAAUAAGUCUCUUGAAUUAAAAACACAAAAAUAUCUGUAACAUAAUGUUACCUCUCUUGAACAUCAAGUACUCUAUCUAUACUGUGUAUCUUGAGAGGUGAUGUUGGUUUUACAAUGGACUUUCUAGUUUAAUUAUGUCUUUUAUGACUAAUGUGUUUGUCAAUGAACUUGAUUUUAUUGUAGUGAAUUAUGAUUAUUCAUCUUUUAUCUCUCCUUCAUUUUUGACUGAUGUCUCUUGUUCACCUCUCUCCUUUAGGGUGUAUUCAAUUUUCAUUGCUCAUAUGCAUGCUGUUUGUCCAUCUGUUUCUAGCUUCUCUUUUUCUAAUGCUCUUUUACACUUGAUCUAUUGGGCUAAGGCUCUCUUGUCUAUGGAUUUUGUUGUUUAUCUCUGGCAUUUCAUCAUUGUAGUUACCAUCGUAAAUAAGAAGUAAUUUUUAUACCUGCAGUUGUAUGUAGACCUUUAACCAUACCAUACCAUACCAUGAGAUGUGAGUCAGUCCAAAGAAUAACCCAAAUGUUUACACUAGGUAUACAUUUGACUUAUCAAUCAGUAGAUCAAUUUUACGAAAAAUUAAAAAGAAUAUUAAAUUCAUCUUGUCUAAACACUAAACAUCAAACUGAUAGAAUUUUAUUUAAAAAAGAAGGGAAUAAAUAUUGUCCUUUUCUCAAGGUGAAAUUUGUCUUUCUAGUAGGAUAUCUUUUGAAAUGUGUUCUUUGUUGUCAGAAACCUGUUUACUGGGUUAGAUUACCCAUUACCGUUUUAUAUUAACUUUUCUAGUGCGUGCAUAAUAUGUGCCAGUAUUUUAAUGAAAUUGGAAGCUGGACAAUAAAAGAAAGAAAGCCCA